CACAACGCAACGUACGUAACAACUCAUAACAAUGAUCUUGGGCACAACGCAAUAUUACCAGACGACUUGGGCGCAACUUAAAUGCAAUGAUGCGGAUCAUGCCAGCUAUAACAGGAGAGGUUAAUCGAUAAGCUUCUGCCUGGCGAGACGGCGGUCACCGCGUGCACCUCUCGUCUGUCGCACUUUCAUCCGUUUCCACUGGUUCUUCUACCAUCCAUACCGUUCCGUCUAGAGAGCAAAGAUUCGGCACUAAGAGGCGUCUGGCUUGUAGUACGGAUCAAAAGAGCAAACCCUGAGGCCUGCGAUGGCGACUCCAGCUGCCAGCGAGUUUCCCCUUCAUCACAGCUCCUCCCCCAUUACGCAGCUGCCGACUGAAACUCUACUCGACAUCUUUUUCUGGGCUAGCCGCAUCCGAGAUCACGUCGUCGCCUCCGUUGAGGAGGAAAACAAGUUCACAGCACCUAUCGCUCAGUCACUGGCGCCCGUCUGUCGCAGAUGGCUCGAGGUUCUCGCGAUGAACCCGCUCUACUGGAAGAACUUCAAGAUCAUCAUUGACAGUCCUACCUUCUCCAUCGAUAUCAUCGCGACAUUCCUUUCAAUGGUAGCCUCUCUGGACAAAAUCGAGAUCGUCGUAGCACUGAGUUCUGCGAAUUCACGCACGCCGGUGGCUUCUCAAGAGGGUGAAAGGCUCAGCGCUGUCGUUCAACUGUUACCUCCAUACUUCGGGCGCUUAUUAAGUCUCUCCAUCAACUCGGUUUUCCGUUCAUCUGUUGUUCAUGCCAGUCGUUUCUUGAACGGCGCCGUUCUUCCCAAGCUCGUGUAUUUGGCGCUUGUCUCUCAGGAGACGGACGAUACCUCCUCUCUUGAAAUGUCAUCUUUCGAAUGCCCUUCCAUCUCCGUACUCGCAAUAGACGCCAAAAGCUUCGUUGAUCUUUCGCAUUGCGUAAUCAGCUGGCCUACGGUUCCUGAUCGCUUCGACCUCCGAAUCACCAAAUACCGCCCAGACACCCCUUUCCUUGCUCUUGGUGCGCGCAAUGUCGUCAACGCCCUCAAGGUGUUGGAUGAUGUUAACCUCGUUGACCUCGAUAUCGACAACGUUGAAGUUGACACGGACGAUGGCGACGAUGACUACCAGACCUACCCCCGCAUUGAGCAGCUCAUGUGGCUAGGGCUAAAUGCUCUCCGAGGUUCACUCGUAUCCUCACUCUGCAAUGCCAUCCGUUCCCCACAUCUCGGCACCGUCGACGUCGAGGGAUGCGAAUCAUCGUCACGCAGCCCUAUGUCCGGCCAGGAACUCCGUCUCACGGGUAUCCGCUCAAGCUGCACCAUCCUUCGCAUGAUACAGGACUGGGAGGGGUGCGCCUUGAUUGUCAAGGACUGUCCUGGUUUUGACGAUUGGCUGCUCGGAGCGUUAGCGUAUUGCAACAAGGACGAAGACGGCCUCGCAUGUCCAUACAUGUCGCGCAUCGAGAUUUUGGGCGGAUGCACUGCGUUCUCUGCAAGCGCUUUCCAGCGCAUGUGCGAGAUGAGGCACGAUGUGGCUCGCAUUGAGGACAUUGACAUCAAAGAUGCCCCGGUACUGGAUGGAGGGCUUAGAAUGUGGUUCGAGGAGCACAUGGACAGUUUCUUCUGGGUGGAGAGGGCGACAUGAGCGAUGGGUAAAGGGGUUGCUACGGUCAAUAGCUGCAGUUUCGUACGAGUG